GCGAAAGUGUGAGUACAUAUAGUCCAAAACUACAACCCCCCCUCUGCCCAUUUCACAGCGGUGUUCCCAACAUAUUUUCUGUCGAUCUUCACUUUUCCCUGCAGAAACUUUCCGUGGACAGCUCGUGCAACGGUUGACAAAAGACAGUGUAAUACUUAGAGCACAUGGGAUUGUGACAGAGAUACGACAGCUCGGAGAUCUAAAGAUGAUAUCACGCCUAAGUGUAUAUGGAAAAGUAACAAAUUUUCAACGGGUUGUGGGAAAACUACAGCAGCAACUGUUGCUUGACAGUCUGAGAUGUGCAAUUCGGUGGAGGAGCAGCAUUAAGCAAGCCCCUUUAUUGACAGCUGCUCCAGUUCGGGCCCUCGUAGAUGAACAAAUCACCAUCAAAGGGCAUUUCCUGCCCCCCCACUGUCCCGUAACAGUAUGCGCUCGAAUGCACAGUGAUGACGGAGACCUGUGGGAGUCGUUCGCUCAUUACAAUACCAAUAAAAAUGGCUCUGUUAGCUUGACCAAUGAUCAUUCAGUCGGAGGUUCUUAUUUGGGAUGUGAGCCAAUGGGACUCUUCUGGUCGAUGCAGCCGGCUCCUGGAGGAAGAGAAGGUUUGAGAUUGAGGAAGAAAGAUGUGGAGACUCCAUACACAGUGAACAUCUCCAUACUAGAGGGUCACGUUUCACCCAGUGAAGGGCAGAUCCCUGAGCUGGCAGUCGUUACUACUGAGCGCUGGUACAUGUCUCCAGGAGUAAGGAGAACAGAGAUUCGUCAAAAUGGAGUUGUAGGGACGCUUUUUUUACCUCCUGGGCCAGGCCCGUUUCCAGCCAUGCUGGAUCUAUGGGGAAUGGGCGGAGGGCUGCCAGAAUAUCGCUCCUCCUUGUUUGCAUCCAGGGGCUAUGCCAGUCUGGCUCUUGCCUACGUUGGUCACAAAGACUUACCUGGUCCACCAAACCAAGUUAAUGUUGGGGAUUCAUAUUUUAAGGCAGCAGUUCAUCUACUUCAAGGUCACAGUCAGGUUGCAGCAGACAGAGUUGGGAUCAUUGGUCUCUCCUUUGGAUGCUAUUUGACGCUUCGCAUUGCUACAAAUACUGGGGUCAAACCAUCCUGUUUGGUUUGUAUCAAUGGCCCAGUGGGAAGCACAAUGUCGCUUACACAUCCAGAUGGCAGGACUGAACUAUUUGAUAAUUUCCGGAAAUAUUGGUCGUAUGAUGAACAAGGCUAUGUUCUUUUCAAGGAGGUGUCCUUGCCUGUUAAUCUCCCCCCUGAAAGCAUUGUCAAGCUAGAGAAGCUCAACUGUCCACUGAUGUACAUCGUUGGUGAAGAUGACCUGAGUGCUUCAAGCAUAGAGAAUGCAGAUAUGAUUGAAAAGACUCUGAAAGCUGCAGGUAAAUCCCAUCUGUUCACCCGUUUGUCAUACCCCGGUGCUGGUCACCUGAUCGAGCCGCCUUACUCACCAAAUUCAAGAUCAUCCAUGUGGACUGUCAAGCCAAAGAAAUUGAUCACUCUGUGGGGGGGUCACCCUGCAGCCCACGCUGUUGCCCAGGAAGAUGCGUGGAGAAAGAUCCUGGAUUUUAUGGAAAGCAAUCUGAGACAGUGAAUUUCCAGUGAAUUGAAAUCUCAAGAUGGAAAACGGCCCACGUUGACUGGGUUUUACUCGUAGAGAGCUGAAGGAGGAAAUUGAACUUGUUGAUUCAUUUGUUGCUUAUGAGGCAGGCUGCAGGUUGUCCACAAGAGGUCGCUGUAGUACCAAUUAAUGUAGAAUAACUAAGGGAGAGCAGUCAUAGCAGUAGUUUGGAUGCUAGUAGUCACAAGCAGGUCUGUAAUAUAGUUUUUAUCUGGAGCAUGUUAGGUAUCCACAUCUUUAAAUCUGUAGUGUUGCUGUUGAUGUCAUUAGUCAGAUUUCAGACAUGCAAGCCUGAAGCUGCAACAGGAUGGUACUGGUCGAGUUUGCUCUCAGGGGACUGUAUUCUUGUGUUAAUCGCUUCUUCUUUAUGUGCCUUCAUUUAAUCAUUCUGUUUUAUUCAGCAAUCUUUUUUAAUACUAAAUAACAGAUUUAAUGAUUAACCAUCCAAGUUGAUCAUAAUAUUUUCAGAUUUUUUUUUUUUAAUAUAUUUUCACAUGUAAAAUAAAUAAAUAAAUCAGAGAUGC